AUAAUGCAGUAUGCAAACUCCAAGAAAAUUGAAAGAUUAAUCCUACAGAAGAAAGAUAAGAUCUAUUUACUUCGAAAAAAUAUUAAAAUAACUAAGCUUAAUAGUAAACUCAAUUACAAGAAAUUGGAAUUAUUCAAAAUCUUGCAAUAG